AUGGUGGUUUCGAAUUUUGUAAUGACCCAAAAAUCCACUUGUUUGCUGCGUAGUCUUUUGUUUCGUUUCUCAGCUCUCUCUCGCACGCCCGGUUGCCACUUCAAUUGCCAGAGCAGGAUUAACCCAAUUCACAUAACCAGGAGAUUUACAAGCUGUCACCGCAGUUUUAAUCUGCCUUCUACACAGGGUUUUAAGGUCUCGGGCGGUUCUGAAUCGGGGUUUAGAUUUUUGGGUCAUCGGUCUUUUCGGGUUUCCAGUGGCGGUGGUGCCGGUGGUGGAGCAGGUAGUUUUGGAGGUCCCGGUGGUGGAAAUUCGGGUGGAAGAGGUGGCGAUGGUGGUGGGAGUGAUUGGCCACUGCUUUCAUGGUAUCUGUCUCUUCUUGUCAAGUAUCCCGUGAUGACGAAAGCUGUCACAUCAGCACUUUUGACUUUAGUUGGUGAUCUGAUCUGUCAGCUUGUGAUCGAUCAAGUUUGUUAG